CUCUUUUUUGUCAGCUGGAGCUGGAUUCACGUUUUAUUUUCAUGUUAUUUUAUUGCCCCUGCUAAAUCUAAGUUAAUUUUCUCGAAAAUGGGCAAGCUAGACGUAGCAAUAUUACGCUAUUUAACCAGUGAAGAUUUUCGUGUACUCACAGCGGUGGAAAUGGGUAUGAAAAAUCACGAAUUAGUUCCUGGCUCUCUUGUAGCAUCUAUUGCUAACCUCCGACAUGGUGGCGUGCACAAAUUAAUGAAGGAGCUAUGUAAACACAGGCUCCUAACCUAUGAACGUGGAAAGCAAUACGAUGGCUAUCGUCUUACCAAUGCGGGCUAUGACUACCUGGCUCUGAAGGCGCUGACCAACCGUAAAAUAAUCGCCUCAUUUGGCAAUCAAAUCGGAGUGGGGAAAGAGUCCAACAUUUACACAGUCGCUGACGAGGAUCGCAAUCCACUGUGUUUGAAACUUCACAGGUUGGGCCGAACAUGUUUCCGCAACGUCAAAGACAAACGCGACUACCACGCGCAUCGCAAUCGUGCCUCCUGGCUUUACCUGUCGCGUAUCUCGGCCACCAAGGAGUUUGCCUACAUGAAGGCACUAUAUGACCGAGAUUUCCCUGUUCCAAAGCCAAUAGACUUCAACAGACACUGCGUUGUGAUGGAUCUGGUGCAAGGAGGGCCUUUAACCCACGUAACAGAAGUGGAAGACCCUGGAUCCUUAUACGACGAGCUGAUGAACCUUAUAGUGCGGCUCGGCAACUGCGGCGUCAUCCACGGAGACUUCAACGAGUUCAACAUCAUGAUCGACGAGGCCGGCCGCCCCGUCAUCAUCGACUUCCCGCAGAUGGUGUCUACUUCCCAUCCCAACGCUGAGCUAUACUUCGACCGUGACGUAAAGUGCGUGCGCGAAUUCUUCAAGAAGCGCUUCGGCUUCGAAAGCGACUUGUAUCCACGGUUCUGUGAUCUGGAGCGAGAUGAUGAGCUGGACGCAGAGGUGGCUUGCUCGGGCUACAAGCGAAAUAGAGCUGACGAGGAUCAGCUACUCGAGGAAAUGGGCAUCGGUCUAGCGGUGAGCGACGACGAGGAAAGCGCAGAUGAAGAUGCUGACGAACCUGAUAAGAAAAACACCAACUAUACUGACGAAGAACUUGCGGCGCUCAGGAAACAGUUGGACGACUCAAUAAAGCACGACGAAACGAAAAAGAUAUCAGAAAUCGCCGACAAAGCUGCUUCACUAAACAUCACAGACAAGACUCCAGAUACAGAAGAAAUACCGGAGCUAAUUCCAGCGCCCAUAGACAACGAAUUGGACAAAAAUUCACAGAAGUAUAGACUAGCUAUGAUUGAGAAAGCGUUGUCAGAUGUAAGGUCAAUGAGGACGUAUACGUCUGCUAGUACCAUAGCUCCUGAGGUGGUGAAGCAGCAGGUGAAGAAGAAUCUAGAAGAUAGGCAGAAGAGAAUGGAAAGAAAGAAGGCGAUUGCGAAGGGAGAAGCGAGCGCCGUCACGCGGCUGAGAAGGGACAACCGCGAGACUAUUCGCGAGAGCCACGGACUGUGGGGCUGGGAUGAAUAAAUGUAUUUUUAAUGUU